CGGGAUGGAUUAUAGGAAAGCUUUGCGAUAAACUUGGCUCGUAAUUCGGCCACCAGUUGCAAGUUUUGCACACGCGAAAACGGUUGUUGACCAGUACAAGAUACAUUAAACGUUGAACGCGGUUUUGCCUAUCGAGUAUCGUAAUAGUUUUUCGUAUUUCGUACUUCGUAUUUUGUGUUCCGUAUUUCGUUAUUUGGAACUGAAAAAUCAAAUUGCGGAUUCUAUAUGAGGGAUCGCGAGGAAAACUUGUUCGUUGAUUUUUCAUUCAAGGAAAGCAGGAAAACUGCAAAAACGGUCUACUUAGAAGGGUGUGUUGGUUGAACCGCCUUUGAAAUGUCACUUACGUUUUCGUUCGAUUUGUUUUCAUUUUGAAAGUUGAUCGCGUCGAUUGGUACGAUCAGCGCGCGUACAAACAUACACGGUUUAAAAUAGCGUUCGUUCAUCGUUUCAAUAAGAGGGCAACGGAAUAAAAAGUUUCAAUUGAUUCGAAACAGUAAGUUACAAAUCGGAAAAGAACGGAUUGCAUCAAAAAAAUGGAAGAGGGUGUAGCGGGGAAUGUUGCCAGCAAUAACGCGGAAGCAACAAAUAAAGAGAAAUCAAAGGACCAUACUGGAAAUGAAAUGGAUGUCGAGGAAUUGGAACAGCUUCGAGACAAGUACGAGGGGAAGUUGACGGCGUCUCUUUAUACCGGUACCCUGCUUAUCGCUUUACUCGGUUCGCUUAUAGCCGUGGGAGUUAUUUGUGCAGCCAACUAUCGGGAUCUGUAUAAAGCCGUCAUCCCUGUUGCGAGCUUAACGAUAAUGAUCUUCUUCUCGUUGAGUUUGUUAUUCUUGACACAGCUGCCGUCCACAUUGACUUCGGCUAGAACUAGGUACCUCAUAGGUUUCGCUUCUUCCAUUAUACUUGGUCUUGGAAUUUUGAGCUUAAGGAGUUCUGUGCCUUUAUUCGUUAUGAUUCUCGCGAUGAUCGCCGUUAUGCCGAGAGCCACUCGACAAACACCAAUUAUCAUCGCAGUCAUCUUUAUCCUUGUUCACGUGGUCAGAAACUUUCUAUUUUCCGACAAUUCGAAUCACUUGGACAUGGUCAAGACGUUCGGCGAAGUUGUGUUCUUGGCUGGAGCGAUUUUCGCUGGUUCCUACUAUAGCAUUUUAACCGCAAAAGCUCAUAGUAGAACAUUCUCCGGAACGAAAACGGUCAUCGAGUCCCGAAUCAAGCUGGAAUGCGAAAGAGAACAACAAGAACAGCUAUUGCUGAGCGUUAUCCCCGCGUACAUCGCGGCCGAGGUGAAAAGAAGCAUUAUGCUGAAAAUGGCGGACGCGUGUCAAGAGGCCAGUAAACACCAGCAAACGAGAUUUCACGAAAUGUACGUGCAAAGACAUAAUAACGUUAGUAUCCUGUACGCGGACAUUGUGAAUUUCACUCCACUUUCGGAACAAUUGUCGGCGUCGGAACUGGUGAAAACCUUGAACGAACUGUUUGGAAGAUUCGAUCAAAUUGCCCAGGAUAAUCAAUGCAUGAGAAUCAAGAUCCUGGGUGACUGUUACUACUGCGUUUCAGGAUUACCGAUUUCCCGUCCAAAUCACGCGUACAACUGUGUAAAUAUGGGAUUAGAAAUGAUAGAAGCGAUCAGAUUUGUACGCGAGGCAACGGGAUUUCACGUGGACAUGAGAAUCGGGAUACAUACCGGAAACGUUCUAUGCGGCGUACUGGGUCUGCGUAAAUGGCAGUUCGAUGUUUGGAGUGACGACGUUACUUUGGCGAAUCACAUGGAAAGCGGUGGUUUACCGGGGCGAGUACAUAUAACAAAAUCUACUUUGUUACAACUUGGCAACCGUUUCGAGGUCGAACCUGGCCAUGGAGACUCUCGAGAGACCUAUCUCGCGCGUCAUAACGUUGAAACCUUCUUGAUAGUCCCGCCGAGGAAGACCAACGGAGAUUAUGGUGAAAAUGGACAAGGAUUCGGUCCUACUUCAAAGAUACCGUCCAGAUCAAGACCGAGUAGCAAAAUGACCAAGUACGUAGAAAGUUGGGGCGCGGAUAAACCGUUCGCCAAUAUCGCAGAAGCUACCCUCGCAAAAAAUAUUGGUCUGACGAGUAUCGCGAUGAUCGAGUCGAAUCUUUUGGGAAACAGUAAUUCCAGUUGUUUCGUCGAUGUAAAACGAUGGUGCAGUGGAAAUGGUACCGAUGGUAUGUCUCCCCUUACCUAUCGCUUCAACGACCAAGCUGAAGAACUUCGGUUCCGUGAACAGAUCGACGAGCAGUGUUCCUGCUACUUGCCCGCAUCCAUCGCCAUUUACGCAAUCAUUUUCUUCAUUCAGAUUAUUUAUUUGCCCAGAAGCGUUACAGUUUACGGUUCUUUCAUACCUGGUCUCUUCUUCUUAUCCAUUAUCGCUGCUGCAUCCUGGUUGUCCACCACAAUCAGAAACAGAACCAAAACUAGAACCGACAGCGAACAUAUCAGAGAUCGAUUGGCUAAGAAUAGAACCAUCAGAAUAAUAACGUACUUGGUUACGGUAUUCUUGUCGAUUCUGUCCUCCAUGCUCAGUCUGAUUGAUGUCGAUCAGACAAAUGGAUACGAUGCCAUGCCGUUGUACGUCUAUUCUGCGGUGAUGGUACUGAUCGUUGGUUGGACUCACUUACGUGUCGACUUUUUGUUGAAAUUUUUCGUAAUGUGUACAUCCGUUACAACGAUUCUUGUCACGUUAUCGCAGGUGCCGAUCGUGUGGUUGUAUCACGCGAUUGAAAACGAUGAAUAUUAUCAUAUUCAUAGUUUGCUUCGAAUCGGAUAUUCACUGGUAAUUGUAUGCCUCGUGCUUCACGUUUUGGACAGGCAAGUCGAAUACACUUCUAGGGUUGAUUUUCUAUGGCAGAGUAAGCUAAAAGUUGAACAGGAACAGGUGGAAACUAUGCGAGGCAUCAACAAGAUUCUCCUUGAAAAUAUAUUACCGGCUCAUGUAGCCGAACAUUUUCUAACAAAUAUGAGAGCCACUCAGGAUCUUUACCACGAAAGAUACAGCAGCAUCGCGGUUAUGUUCGCAUCCAUUCCUAAUUACAAAGAGUUUUACGAUGAAACAGACAUAAAUAAACAAGGACUGGAAUGCCUGAGGCUGUUAAACGAAAUUAUCUGUGAUUUUGAUAAAUUAUUACUGAAACCAAAAUUCUCCUGCAUAGAAAAAAUUAAAACCAUCGGUAGCACUUACAUGCUUGCCUCAGGUCUCAGUCCAGGGAAAGAAGACACCGAUGAAAAGGACCCGCUCAAGCAACAAGAUCACAAUAUAAUCGUCCUUGUCGAAUUUGCCCUCGCUCUCAUGACGAUUUUAGAUCAAAUCAAUAAAGAAUCUUUUCAAAGGUUUAAACUGAGAAUAGGGUUAAAUCAUGGACCCGUAAUAGCUGGCGUAAUUGGAGCCCAAAAACCUCAAUACGACAUUUGGGGGAACACUGUAAACGUAGCAUCCAGGAUGGACAGCUGUGGAGAAAUGGGAAAACUCCAAGUCACCGAAGACACAGCCAAAAUUUUAAUGAAUGCUGGAUACGAAUUAACAUGUCGAGGACCCACUUACGUUAAAGGAAAAGGAACUUUGGUCACGUAUUUUCUGAAAACAUCUUUUGACAACAAAGAAGAAACUUACUAGAAUUGCUAGCUUCACGAUGAACUUACAAAACAGAUGAAAAUAUGAACAAAAGAAACGAAUGGGUUAGAAUAACUACCGAUCUACUUGGUUUUAAAUGUGCAAGACCAAGAGAAUGUACAGUGUAUGGAUCGAAUACAAUGAAAUACGGACGUAUGCUUUUUUUACUAUGUAUCUUUACUUAUUUAUACGAAUAGAGUUGAAGCGCGAAGCGAACAGAAUGGUUCUUAUAAAUGUAUUUAUAAGAAAACAGCUGUUUAUUAGUUACUUAUAAAAUAAUUUGAGUAUAAUAGUAAUAUAGUAAUGGCACAGCAAUAGUUACGCGUAACAGAGACCUUGAUUUAGCAAACACCACUCGGGCUGCAAGCUUUCGGCAGAGAUUCCUCUCGUUACGUAUCGUUCUCUCUGCCUGAGCAUUCUCUGCUCUGCGUGAAUCCAAGACGAGUUUGGUUCUGCCCACAAUCUUUCGGCAAGUGCCGCAGCUCUAGGCCAAAUUUUUGAAUCAAUCGUAACACUAUCAGCUUGCUCAGCCCAAAGAGCUGCUUCUCCUCCUAUCGUGAGAAAUGUAUUACGUAUAUAAUUACCAUUUAUUUCGCUCGUUGCAAGAACGCAAAUUUUCGCAAUUUCGGCACAAGGAGAUACAAGAUAUUACCUAAUAUAAGAUUCUUCUUAUUCUCGAGACGUUUUGACCGGAUUAUCAUCAAAGGAGAAUUAUCAUAAACAUUUUGCCAACCUUUGUAAGGUGCACACCAAUUAUUACCUUCGCCUAUCCAAGCUGCAAAACUAAAAUGAACCCAAACUGGAGUUUGAUCAAAAUUCAUAAUGAGAACAACAACAACAACAACAACAACAACAACAACAACAACAACAACAACAACAACAACAACAACAAUAAUGAUAAGCAAGAAAUAUUUACUCACCCG